GAAUUCGGAGAAUCGGAAGUCGGCAUCAGGUUCUCCAGAGAAGGAAGACAGGUACUACACCACGAGAGGGUCAGUGGCUGGGUUGGGGUUGGGGUUGGAUGAGAAUGGAAAGGCCGGUGGUUCGAUUAUGAUGGAUGGAGGAGAGAGAGUUGGUGGUAGUGGCGGGGAUGAAAACAGAGGAGAGAUUGUUUGGCCGAAGCUGUAUAUAAGUUUGUCGAGUAAAGAGAAAGAGGAGGAUUUUAUGGCCAUCAAAGGCUGUAAACCUCCUCAGAGGCCUAAGAAAAGGGCCAAAAUCAUCCAAAGAACAUUACUUUUGGUGAGUCCAGGGGCAUGGUUGUCAGAGAUGUGCCAAGAGAAGUAUGAAGUAAGAGAGAAGAAGAGUUCUAAGAAGAUCUUUAGGCCAUCUCUUUCCUUACUUUUUACUUUCUAGCUUCAUUCGAUUCGGUGCACUCAACUCAUAAAGGUUUUCCUGCACCAAUGUCUUUAAGGUAAUGAGAUUUCAUAUCCUAGAACCAGAAUGAUUACUGGAAAAAAAGAAAAAAGGUUGAGAGUUAAGAAUAUGGUAUAUACUUAUUAAGUAGAGAUUAUGGUAUGCCUUGUGGGUAGACCCAUGCAAAAAUCAUUAGCACUUUCAAUCUCUAACUACUGCUUUUGGUGAUUUGACAUA